AUGCAUGCAUGUGUUCCGUACCUCGACCGAGAAAAAAAGGAGAGCUACACAUGGCGCAAAACAUAUCCACAUAUCCGCAUAUCCAGUAAGGAGGUAACCUGGGAAGCGGCGACGAUUCCCCGUGGAAUUCUCAUGAUGCAAGACAAGACAUGUUUGGGACGAAUACAAGGCCCUUUGACAUUCGACACGCGACAGCACCUAAACCGAGAACGAGAGCAGGAUGGAUCCCGGUGGAGCUUUGGCAGGCAAGGGGUGUGCCACGAUGAUUUCAAGGGGAGGGAGAUCGUGGAAUGA